GGAGAUAGAGGUUCCCCAGGACAGGAUGGUCCACCAGGAUUACCUGGUAUUCAGGGUGUAACUGGACCUGCAGGACCUCCAGGACGUCCAGGACAUAAUGGGAAUGAUGGAAAGCCUGGACCACCAGGGCCACCAGGACAAAAGGGUAACAGUGGAGUUGAGUUUGAUGAGCAGAGCAGCAUGCAGGGUCCAAAGGGUUCCAUGGGUCGUACAGGUUGGCCAGGAUUGCCUGGUGAACGGGGUGCCCCUGGAAAUCAAGGGCCACCGGGUCUGCCUGGUCCUGUUGGAAUACCUGGAGCCAGAGGGCCCCCAGGAAUACCUGGAACACCUGGAAGAAGAGGUCAACCAGGAAUACCAGGACUUCCUGGUCUUCCAGGGAGAGGAAUUAGAGAAGAAGAAAUAAAAGAACUUUGUACCUCAAUGCUGCAAG